AUGUCGGGUCACUCAACUCCAUCGACACGAAGUCUACCGCACUUUGGAGGUAGCCCGUUCGAUGCGAACGGAGUGUCCAACAAUCCGGAUAGUUCCCUCGAUAUGACGGGAGCUUCGCCGGGUGGGCGGCAAUACUUUGACCAGCCCAUCUUUGAGUAUCACACUGUCCCUGAACUACGCGAGGACGACCAUGGAUCACCGCAUUCAAACCAUCAUCAUCACCCGUCGCAGUCGCAAUCGCAACCUCCCCAGCAAUCACAGCCGGGGGGCCAGGCGCAUCCAGAACGACGGCUAUCGGGUCAGAUCCCAAUCGUAGCCGGUGCUCUUCGUGGCAUGCGAGUAAGAACAGGAUGGUAUGUUAAAAGCCCGAAAGCCCUGUAUAAAUAUGUCUUUGAUGCGGCAUACUUGCCUAUCCAAGACCUUGUAGACCUUGUCAUUCCUAACACUUGCAGGAAACGUCAUGUAAAAUGCGACGAGCAAAAACCACAGUGUCAGAACUGUUUAAAGGGGAAUCGAUCGUGUGUCUUCCCAAGUCCCGACAGUCUUUUCCGCCAUAGCCGGUCUGGGUCGAUAUCAAAGAAGGGCGCAGGUAGUUCCGGUCCCGCUGGCUCCAAUCCCAAUCGACGGUCUUUAGAUCUAUCUGCUGGCUUUCCACUCGAUGUUAAAAGCGAAUCAGCCCUAGCAUCCAUAGCCUCUAUUAACCCCGAGCUUGAUGUCUCUGGCAUGCUAAGUCUGGCGAACGUAGCGGCAGGACACCACGAAGGAAUAUCCCCAACUUCAACAGCUGUAUCCCCGAACGGGCUUGCAGGUAGACGACAUAGAACGCAGCCCAGUGUUCUCCCCCUUGUAUCAACAUCACCGUUUCUCACACAAGGCGCUGCCGAUAGCCCCUCGCAACUAAAGGUUCCCGGUUCUGCAUUGAUAUCACCAACCGGCGCCGCUGUUACACAGUUCCAGGGUUUAGUAUUGGCCCCUAUAUCACCAGCACCUCGCACUUCUAUUUCAUUCGACGCUACUAGAAUCGAUCCUCAAGGAUUUGAUAGAGUCACUCCAGAUACAAUCAUGGGUAACGGCGUAAACGGUGCUGGUGGAAUUCCAUUUUCGACCACUCCGAGGGAACCUGCAGUACCUCUGCCACUUAGCGAGCAUGAAUCGGCGCUAUACAGAAACUUUAUUUCUCGGCUGUGUCCAGCUCUCGAUAUAUUCGACUUCGAUAGACAAUUCAUGAUAGUGGUCCCUAGGCUUGCCCGCAAAAACACCGGCCUCCUCAAAGCAUGCCUCGCUCUGUCCGCUAAACAACAAUAUCGUCUUCGUACUGCUAGACAAACUACGCCAGUAUUAGCCCCAACUCAGGAGUCGAAUACUGAGGUGGAGUACAGCCAAUACUACGAUGCAGCCCUCCGAGAAAUGCAAAAUUCUCUAGUCAACGAUGUAGAUGGAAGAUUCUCAUCUUCAGAAGAAUUCCUUGCUACGGCUGUCAUCCUAUCAACAUUUGAAGUUAUCGACGGCUCGAACCAAGAAUUCAGAAGACAUCUAGAAGGGGUUGGUUCAAUAAUCAAACCACAAGGUAUCCACGAAAGCCUAGUAGGUCUCAAGGGUGCGGCUUUCUGGGCCUGGUACCGUCAAGAUGUCCUUGCCGCUUUCCGAGAACGAAGGCAAACUUUCAUUACCGAAGACUUCUGGCAUCUCGACACUAGCCCUGAAAGUAUGUGUAUGCUCCGAGAAGAUGAACUAGGCAAUCGAGUUAUGUUCAUCUUAGGCCAAAUCAUCAACUAUUGCGCCAAAGACGAGAUCGAAAAGAACGAGCAUAAUAUUACAGAGCGGUUGAGAAGAGCAGAAAUGCUAGAGAAAAAACUUGAAGACUGGAAGCGAUGUUUGCCGGAUAGCUACGAGCCCCUUACGAGAAUGAAAGAUAAAGAUGGAAUUUUUGAAGCUCUUUGGUAUAGUCCAGCGUGCUGUGGGAUCGCCAUGCAGGUUUAUUACUUUGCAAAGAUUAUGUUGAUGAUGCAUAAACCUCAACCACCAUCUCAAGACCGAUACCAACAUUUCCUUGCAGCCCAACGGCAAUACAAGCUGUGUACCCAAAUGAUUAUCGGGAUCUCGCUCGCGGACGUCGAUGAAUCCUACCACUUGAUCAGUCUUCAAUGCCUUUAUGCCGCUGGUCUUGUGCUUGAUGGCAAGGAGGAACGGAAGAUCCUAUCCAACCUUAUUCGAGAGGUUCAGCACCGAACUGGGCGAUUGACUUACUACCUAGUUGACGAAUUACAGAAGUUAUGGCAAGAAGGAGAAACUGCAUAG